CACCGACUCGCGCAGCGGCGGUGCUACCCUCCGGGAAGCGGAGAACCAGUCCAGUGUCUCCUCCGCCGACCGCGUCCUUCGGCAGUGUUGUUGUGUUUUUAGUGUGAAAACACCCUCAACGAAACACGAACGUUCGGGAAAUCGGCGAGUUGGUCUUAGUGGAGUUUGUCGGAGUUUGUAAGAAGUUGUGCUAGUUGUUGGGAGACAGAUCCGAGGAGGAGGAGAAAUGUUGCUGGUGUUGUUUUGAACCAGCUCCAUUUUCCUCCGGAGAGAGCGGGGGGAGACAGAAGAUAGACAGUAGAAGGAAAGGAGAGAUGGCCGAAGCGCGGACAGACGAGGAAGAGGAGGGUGGACUGGAGACGUCGGAAGAACCAGUGGUUCGCCGACAACCGAGGCCAGGCGCCGGUGGAGCACUGCCAGCGUGGGAGACUCUGGGAGAGGGAUGCAGUCAUGUUGUUUUAAUCCGAGAGAGAGAGAGAGAGAGAGAGAGAGAGAGACACGACCACGACCACGACCAAUCAGAAGAUCAGGGAGCAGAGAGGGGCUCUAGGGAGAGGCGGACGACACGUUGCUGUGGUCUUGUGGAGUUUGGGAGUUUCUGCUUGUUGCUGUGCUUUUAGCUUUUAGCUCGUACGAGAGAUCGCCCUAACAGACGUAAGCCAGAACAUCGUCACAGCCAGGGGCCUCUCUCGUCCAUCAGAGCUGUACUGAAGCGUACUACCACAAGGUCUACAUCUGUCAGUGAGGGACCCAGAGAGCGAGAGAGAGAGCGAGUACAAGACAGAGAGAGAGACAGAAGGCGACCGGAGAUCACCAUCCUAUCAGCGGAGCCGCUGUCCUCAACUUCCUGGUUCCCAGGGGCAUCUGGGGGAUUCCCACCCCCCCCUCCUCCCGCCAGUCAGAUCUGGACCCCCACCAUCCCCCCCACCAUCAAGGUUUGGCCCACUGAAUGUCAACAUUCCUAUUGGAAAUCAUUUUGUUUUUAAUCCAACUUACUUAACAUUCAAUUACAAUUGUAGCUAGUGACUGCCUGAUUACGAUUCCCAUAUCUGUGGCGAUACUUAUUUGAAUUUAGCUACACUUGUAGUAACUGUUUACAAAUAUACUAAUUAACUGAGCCUGUUUACAAUUCCCAAAUCUGUGGUGUUCCGUAAGUUUCAUAUCAACCCACACUGAGUGAGUCAAUAAAACUCCCUCAAGAUCACUUUGUCUAGUUUUUGCUUAUUAAGUACAUUUGAUAUGAAGAUAAUGUGUCAUUCCAUUUGAUAAUCUCAUUUAACUUCAAUUGGAGUGGAUUUAACAUAUAAUUUUAAAAGUGUGAUUAAUCGCAAGUUAAAUCCCCAAUACAAUGCGAUUAAUUGUGAUUAAAACAUUUAAUCGUUGCCCAGCCCUAAUCUUUUCUAAUGAUUUUUAUAUUUCUGAUAAUAAUCAUAGUAAUACUAAUGAUAAUAGUGAUUGUUAGAUUUAUAAUCAUCAUAGUAGUGAUAAUAAUGGUGAAUGUAAUAUUUAUGAUAGUCAUCAUUGUAGAAAUAAUAUUAAUGGUGAAAGGAUAAUUAUUGAUAAUCCUCAUAGUAGUAAUAAAAUGAUGGUGAUAUUUAUGAUAAUCAUCAUGCUGUCCAGACCAUGCUCAACAUGCUCGCAAGCAAAUGUAAUUAUUGAAUACGUACAGAUAUUUACUGCUACUCGCAGGAUACAAGUCCUUGUGUCAGAUUCAACAACCGAGAGUCGUACAGGCAGGUACUCUGGAAAAACCAAACAAAGGUGGCCCCGGCGUCUGUUGUACCCGGCAGUAAGCUCACAAAGCGCCCACCACGCCCAGAGAGUGUCUGCUUAGGGAGAGACGUAGUAUCUCUCACAGGUUAGCUCUACUCUCGCAGUGGAGUUCAUGUCACUGAUGAUUGGUCUCUUACAGAGCGUCGACAGCCACAUCCUGGCACCUUGAUUGUCAACCUCCGUUAACUCAACAAAAGGCAGUUCAGCCGGAUGGUGUUAGUUCAUUUGUAGUAAUUAUUGAUUAGUAGUUUUAAUUACUAGUAGUAAUGUUAAUGUCUAUUCCCAAGCCUCCUCCCUCCUACGAGGAAGUCAUCAGAGAGAAGUCCCAGGAACAAGUCCUCCUCCCUCCCCCUGCCUCCUCCCUACCUCCCCCCUCCUCCUCUUCCUGCCUGAGGACUGUCUCCACGGUAACCAGCGCCACCCAGACCGACCUGGGUCCGGCCCCCCCUGACCCGAAAUGUGCUGCAGUACUCCGAAGGCCGUCGAGACCCCCUCGUCCGUCGUUCCCCACUCCGCCCCGACCGCUGUCUCACGUUGAUGACCUCAUCAGCACCGAUGCCGGCCAGUCCCCCCUGAGACCAGCGAGGACCCAUGGUCGGACACGCCCCCGUUCCCUCGUGACCUCUGCGUCCUGCUCUCAGACCGACCAGUGGGAGCCUCUCUCUGUGGUGGCUCCUCCCCCUCCCUCUAACCCCUCCCCCCUCGCCCCGGUGGAGCGCCCCCGGCCCCGGCCCCGUUCUAGACUGAUCGAGAGGCCGGUCGGCGCCGACGUCCAGGUCCAGACGCUGGUGAAGCUGCGCGCCGACGGUCAGGCCACGCUCGCGGCCCUCGGCAGGGGGGGCGACGCCGCCGACCAGGAAGUGAGCCAGGGGAAGUACCUGCAGGAGCUGCUGGAGGCCUUCAGCGCAGACGACUGGGGUUUCCCUGAAGACCGCAGGGGCGACAGCGGGCCCAGCCAAUCAGAGAGCGAGGAGGAGGACGAGGAGGAAGAGGGGGACAUGGCCAAACUGAAGGCCAGGAUCGAUGCCUUCCAGCCAGAGCAGCCGCCGCUGUCUGACAGUUGUCAUGGAGACGUUGGACCCGCGGGGAGUACAGCCGCCCCGACGCGGCCAGAGCCACGCCCCCGUCUCCAGGGGCAACCGGCCAAGCCAGCCCCUCCCGCCAUCGCACCCAAACCCAAACCUCAGUGCAAGGAAUUCUGGGAGGACGGACUCUCCCCCACACCCGUCUCGGAGAAGCCCUCUCCCUCCGGGAGCCCCGCCCCCAAGCCCUCCCCCAGGCCCCGCCCUGCCCCUCGGGCCAGCCUGGGGACCACAGCCCCCCCGAGACCCCCCAGCCUGCCUGGGACCCGCACUGAGAGAGAGGCACAAGCCCCUGGGAAGACCAGCAGCACACCCACCACAGGCGACAGCACCACCACCACAGACACUGUGAAGACAGGAAGUGAUCGUCCCGCCGUCCCAGGCAAACCCUCCAGCCUGACGUCCAUGUCAUCAAGGAGAGCCAGCGCUCCAUCUCUGGGCUUGAAGCCCACUGUGUCUCCUACCCCUCCUGCGCUGGGCGUCAAACCGCCCACGCUGCCCGCUGCCCCCCAGGCCCCAACACAGAGGAGGAUCAGCUCCGGCCCCCCCCCAAGGCCUUCAGGGGUGAAAGCCCUCCCCCUUCGCCCUCCACCAAUCAAAACGGUUCCUGGCCGACCGCCCCCUCCAACCGUCAACCCCACAUCCUCGUCAGUAGCCAAUCAGACGCCUCCGUCCCGAACUAAGCCGGCCCCGUCUGCGUCGUCUGCCAUACAGCAGCCGUCUUCCCUCCAGGAGAGCCCCGCCCCUUCCUCUGUCCCAGCCAAUCACAAGCAUGGGCAGAAGGCCUUGAAGAAAGGACCGCCCCUUCCACCUAGACCGAAACCUGGACACCCGCUCUAUGUCAGCUACAUGCAGAAACAAGAAGUCCUGAUUGUCCUUGACAACCACGGCUCCACCCCUCCCAUACCUCAGCUGAUCACGGAACAGUCUGUUGACCAAUCAACAUGCCUCCUGGACAUCCAGCAGGAGGUGCUCCCUGGUCCGGACAGCCAAUCAAAAGUAGUCUCUGAGGAGUUUGGCAUCUCAGACAUUCAGUCCAGCCUUAUGGUUCAGCCCUCGAAACAGAAAGAUCCAGAAGUAUCACCACCUAUCAGUGGUCCCAGGUGUGUAGCCAGAUGUGACUAUGAUGGACAGGAGGAGGAUGAGCUGACCUUCUCCCAGGGUGAUGUCAUCGCUCUCUCAGAGCUGAUUGGUCAGGAGUGGGGGCGGGGCCAGAUCCAUGGGCGAACCGGCAUCUUCCCCCUCAGCUUCACCCAGGUCCUGGAGCCCCUCCCAUCGCCGUUGCCCAAGGCAACCACCGAAGCCAUUUCUUUGACAAAGGAUGUCACUUUACUGGAGAAUACUGAACCAACGUCCUCUGAAUCCCCAGUCGUCACGGAGAAGCAGCAGGAGAAGCAGGAGGAAUGGGCGCUGGCGGUGUUUAACUUCCCUGGUCAGACGGUGGACGACCUGUCCUUCCAGCAGGGGGCGCUGAUCAGAGUCCUGCAGCACGUCGACUCAGACUGGAGGAGAGGAAGGGUGGAGGACAGGGAGGGGCUCUACCCUGUGGCCUUCACCGAGCCCUAUACCGGAGGUGAUUAUAAAGGUCAGCCGAACCAAGACCAGCCCCCACCCGGCAGCCGAGUGGCCAAGGCUCUGUUUGACUUCACAGCAGAGAGCCAAGAUGAACUCACUCUGAAGAUCGGGGACGUCCUAAGCGAAGUGGAGUCUUUAGACGAACUGUGGAUCAUCGGAGUCGUCGGUGGACGGCGUGGGAUGGUCCCUAAAAACUACAUUUCCCUUUUGUGAGAUGAGGUGGUAUGAGUGUGUGGGGGAAGUGGCCUCCUUGUUGGCCCUCAACUGGACUAUCUGGGGCGAGUGGAGGCGAAGUGUCCAGCGGUCCGUAGCACAAUACGAAGCCGGGCGACCUGUGUUAUUCACUAGUUUGUAUCCUUUUCCUCGUUCUUGCAUCCUGCUGCCUUAGUGUUCGUAACCAUUUCGCUGUCCAGCCUCUGAUUUAGAGACACUGUUCUGCUGAAGCAUCCUCUGUGUUGCCUUUGGCGAUGGGCGACCACACCAGGAAGUAUGUGUAACGUCUCCUCGACUCCAGUCGAACGCACAACGUGGCCUCGCCGAUGCCAAGAGAAAAACGCUACGACUGUCGCCAGAAUGACGCUGCUGCCUCCCUUUUGUUGAGUUGUUUUACUACUUCAUGUGUCACACUCCACCCCCCCCCCCCCCCCCCCGUUCUCCUUUGCCCUCCACGUUACCAUGGGCACAGUAUGCCGGGGGGAGGGGGCAGGGCUCCCCCCCCACCCCCAUGUCGCUGGUCUGGACUGAGCUAAAGGUCGGGGGUCAAACUAGACUGAAGAUCAGCUGUUAAGCGGUGCUUCAGCAGGUCAUGACAGAGAUGAGGGGGGAGGUGAGAUAUUAGCUGGAUAGUCUUCUAUGGAGAAGUGCCAAGUACUGUAUGGUGUAGCAAGGACUAGGAGAAUCUGGUCAAAGACUGUAUGGACUGGGAGGCUCUGGUCAGAGACUGUAUGGUGUAGCACGACUAGGAGGCGCUGGUCAAAGACUAUGGUGUAGCAAGGACUAGGAGGUUGUGGUCAUGUGGCGUUUCUGAUAUCUAACACUAUGUACAAUCCCCUAGCAUGAUGGGAGAUGUAAAUGUUUUCAUUGAGGUAUUUUAUUCACUGUUUGAUGGGCUUCCUACAUGUUUAAGUGUAUACUUCUCCAGGAGUGGCUGUAGCUAUUAACUGUACGGAAGAAAUACUUUAAGGUGCUCAAAUGUAACCAGUCAUUCCAAUUUUUUAAUCCAAAUUAAAUUACUUUCAACAUGAAA